CCUCGGCCUAAAUUAAAACACACAAGCCCGCCUCGCUGCGUAGCGCAUGACUCGCGCCAGCUGGCCUGCGUGUUCCGAGUGACCACUCGCCGCGGCUCCUACGAGGAAUUGCAUCCCUGAGCCCGCCAACGUCGCCAUAAGCACCCACAAGCCACGAGCUCUUUCACAUAAGCUACAGGCAGGCUGAGGCAGCAAGCAUGGGUCCCGCCCUCUCCAAAAUAGACAGAGAGCACCCGCCACAGCUCGCCUACGGCACGGCCGGCUUCCGCUGCGACGCGACGCAGUUGGUGAUCGCGAUGGAGCGCGUCGGCAUGCUCGCAGCAUUAAGGAGCAGAGAUAGGGACGGCCUGAAGAUCGGCGUCAUGGUCACGGCGUCGCACAACCCCCACAGAGACAACGGCGUGAAGAUUGUGGACCCGACGGGCGCCAUGCUCGCCCAGGCCUGGGAGUCGAAGGCCGAAAAGGUGGCGUGCUGCCCGGAAUCGCAGCUCCUCGAGACGCUUGCGAGCGUGGCCGAGGGCGAGGCCGCCUCUGCGUCGGUGGUUAUUGGGAGGGACACGCGCGCGCACAGCCGAGCGCUUUCUCAACGUGUCAGAGCAGGUGCGGAGGCGCUCGGAGCCCGCGUGGAAGAUGUGGGCGUCGUCACGACGCCCCAGCUCCACCACUGCGUCCGCGCGGCCAACGGCUUUUCACCAGUAGUAAAAGGGCCUUUAUAUGGAUACGCCGAUGCGUUGGUGGACGCGUUCGAGGCCUUGCUUAAAACAUCUCCGCACAAGACCGGCCGGCCAGACUCAACAGUUGUGGUCGACUGCGCGGGCGGCGUGGGCGCGUUCGGGAUCCAUCAAUUGAGGCGCCGCCUCGAGGAGCGCGGGCUCGCUUCCGUAUUAUCCUUACGGGCCGCGAAUAUUGUAAGGGAGGCCCCGCUCAAUCAUCAGUGUGGAGCUGAGCACGUCCAGAAGCAGCGUUUACCCCCGAAGAAUCUCUCGCGUCGAGACCUCGGCGCGCCCAAUCUGAGGGGAUGCUCGGUCGAUGGCGACGCCGACCGCUUAGUAUAUUGGUUCCAUGGAUUGUCGAAUUUCGAGAUCGUCGACGGCGACAAGAUCGCCUCCCUAUUGGCCGUGUUCAUCGCAAGGGAACUCGCGGCCGCGCAACCGCUCAUCGGCACACCAUCACUAGGUGUGGUGCAGACGGCCUACGCGAACGGCGCGGCGGCGGCGUUUCUGCGGGAGAGACGCGUCGAGGUCGCCUUCGCGAAGACGGGUGUGAAAUACGUGCACCACGCGGCCGAGGCGUUCGACGUCGGCGUCUACUUCGAGGCGAACGGCCACGGCACGGUGCUCGUCAAAGAGGCCCUGCGCGCGAGGCUCGCGCAGUUGGAUAGCGAGCCGGGGACGGGCGGCCGCGCGCGCCUCGCCGUAUCUAGAUUACAUGCGGUGGCUCGCCUCGCGAAUCAAAGUGUAGGCGACGCCCUGGCCGACCUCUUGCUGGUCGAGGCCGUCCUCUGCCUCCAGCAAAAGUCGAUCGCGGCCUGGGGCGCGCUCUAUGAUGAACUACCCUCGCGCCAGCUCAAGCAGCGCGUGGCGUCGCGGGCGUUACUAGAGCCGAACGCGACGGAGACGCGGCUCGUGGCGCCGGCCGCGCUCCAGGCCAAGAUCGACGCGCUCGCCGCAUCCCAUAAAAGUGGCCGGGCCUUCGUGCGCCCGUCGGGCACCGAGGACGUCGUCCGCGUCUACGCCGAGGCCGCGACGCGCCGCGACGCCGACGCGCUCGCGUUGGAGGUGCGGCGGGCCGUCUUCGACCUCGCGGGCGGGCUGGGGGAGCGGCCGUAAACACACGU